AAACAGUUUCCCUGGUGACUGCAAAUCCAUUACUAGCUGUCUCUUCCUCUUCUCAUCAUUGUGGUGUGGUACCCAGAACUUGAUUUCUGGCUCAGUGGGAAGAAUUGAGGGAAGUAUGAUGUAUUUCAAGAUCCUGAGAAUCAGCCUGGUGAUCCUGGCUGGGUGGGUGUUCAGCACUGGCAGCUCUGAGCUGCAUAGGACAUCCAAGAAACCCUUGGCUCCCAGGUCAAGCCCGAAGCAGGUGCAGUUGGAAGGAGAACGUUGUUGGCUGGGGACUACAUCUCAAAGACCCAGAUUUGCUCCUCAGCAUCACCCCUUUGGGGUCUAUCCCAGAAGACAUGGAAAUCAUCUGAGGCCCUACCCAGCCAGGGAACAGAAAACCCAUCAGGCAGAAUACAGUACACCAGUGACCCUGGGACCGGCUGGCAGCCUUGAUCCCCAAGACCCGACUGACAGACCAGCAAGAGCCAGGAGCGAGGCUGAGCAGCCUGCUGACCUGUGGGUACAAGAAGGUCCCAUUGGACAAGCAGAGCUGCUGACAGAUGAUGGCACUCAUCUGGACAACAGAAGAUUCCAGGUGACUCUAGGUGAGCUUGAGACAGGGGGAGGCUCGGCCUCGGCCGCCUCCCUUCCCACCACCACCUUUACACCCCUGGAGGAAGCCCAAGCAGAGACGCAAAAGCAGGACUCCCCCAUGUCCCCACAGCCUCACCAAGUAACCAAGAGGCAGGUAGAGCAGGGACCCGAAGAACCCCACGUCGCUCCUCCACGCUUCCACCUGUGGCCUAAGCACCUCUUUAGGUAUGGGGUUCGAAACCAUCCCCUGAAGGACAGCAUCCAAAACGGUGGCAGGAGCCCUGGCAGGGAAGAGGACACCUCUAACCCCCAAGGAGGACUGCCUGUCUUGUACUUCUCUGGGAGGCGGGAGCGGCUGCUACUGCAACCAGAAGUCCUGGCUGAGAGUCCUCGGGAGGCGUUCACUGUGGAAGUGUGGGUGAGGCCCGAGGGAGGCCAGAACAACCCAGCCAUCAUCGCAGGUGUGUUUGAUAACUGCUCCCACACCAUCAGUGACAAGGGCUGGGCGCUGGGGAUCCGCACGGGCAAAGAGAGGGGAAGGAGAGACCCUCGCUUCUUCUUCUCCCUCCGAACCGACCGUGUGAAGAAAGCGACCCUUGUGACGGGCCACAGUCACUACCAGCCGGGCGUGUGGACACACGUGGCCGCCACGUACGACGGGCAGCGCAUGGUCCUGUAUGUGGACGGCGCGCAGGUGGCCAGCAGGACGGGGCAGUCUGGUCCUUUGCACAGCCCCUUCAUGGCAUCCUGCCGCUCUUUGCUCCUGGGUGGCGACACCUCGGAGAGCGGGCAUUAUUUCCGUGGUCAUCUGGGCACGCUGAUCAUUUGGUCCACGGCGCUCUCACAGAGCCAACUGCAGUCUUCCAGCCAGGCGGGGGACGUGGGCGCCCUCCUGCUGACCGCCACGUUCGAGCUCCUGAAGGAGCAAUGGAUCCCCUUCAAGGACGAGACAUACCCUCAGCUGGAGGUGCUCAAGGCCUGGGAGGAGCCCCAGCCCGAGGUUCUGUCACCCUUGCACCCCCCGCCCUGCGGGCAGACCGUCUGCGACAACGUGGAGCUGAUCUCCCAGUACAACGAGCACUGGCCCCUCCGCGGGGAGAAGGUGAUCCGCUACCAGGUGGUGAACGUGUGCGACGACGCGGGGCUGCGCCCCACGGUGAGCGAGGAGCAGAUCGGCCGGCAGCACGCGGCGCUGGCGCACGCCUUCGCGCGCUACAACAUCAGCUGGCAGCUGAGCGUGCACCGCGUCCACAACUCCACCCUGCGGCACCGGGUGGUGCUGGUGAACUGUGAGCCCAGCAAGAUUGGCAACGACCACUGCGACCCCGAAUGUGAGCACCCGCUCACGGGCUACGACGGGGGGGACUGCCGCCUGCAGGGCCGCUGCUACUCCUGGAACCGCAGGGACUCGGUGUGUCACCCCGAGUGCAACAACAUCCUGAACGACUUCGACGGCGGGGACUGCUGUAACCCCCGCGUGACGGACGUGCGCAAGACCUGCUUUGACCCGGACUCACCGCUGAGGGUAUAUAUGAGCAUGAAGGAGCUAAAGGAGACCCUGAAGCUCAACAGUACUCAUUUCCUCAAUAUCUACUUUGCCAGCUCAGUGCGGGAAGACCUGGCAGGUGCAGCCACCUGGCCUUGGGACAAGGAAGCUCUCGGCCACCUUGGUGGUAUUGUCCUCAAUCCCACAUACUAUGGCAUGCCUGGCCACACCGACAUCAUGAUCCAUGAAAUAGGACAUGUCCUGGGACUCUACCAUGUCUUCAAGGGGGUCAGUGAAAGAGAAUCCUGUGAUGACCCUUGCAUGGAGACAGUGCCAUCCAUGGAAACAGGGGACCUCUGUGCCGACACGGUCCCCACUCCCAAGAGUAAGCUGUGCAGGGACCCAGACCCGGGCAAUGACACCUGUGGCCUUGGCCACUUCCCAGGAGCUCCCUUCAACAACUACAUGAGCUACACAGAUGAUGACUGUACUGACAGCUUCACCCCCAACCAAGUGGCCCGCAUGCACUGCUAUUUGGACCUCGUAUACCAGCAAUGGAGUCAAAGCAGAAAGCCCACCCCCAUUCCCAUCCCACCCAUGGUCAUUGGGCAGACCCAGAAGUCCCUCACGAUCCAUUGGCUGCCUCCUAUUGGUGGAGUUAUAUAUGACAGGACCCCGGGCAGCAUGUGCGAUGCUUGCACUGAAGAUGGGACGUUCCGUCAGUAUGUCUACAAGGCAUCCUCGCAGAGAGUGUGUGACUCUUCAGGUUACUGGACCCCAGAGGAGGCUGUUGGGCCUCCCGAUGUGCAUCAGCCUUGUGAGCCGAGCUUACAGGCCUGGAGUCCUGAGCUUCACCUGUACAACACGAACAUGACGGUGCCCUGCCCCCCAGAAGGCUGUAGUUUGGAGCUGCUCUUCCAAUACCCCGUGCAAGCUGACACGUUCACCCUGUGGAUCACUUACCUCUCCGUGAAUUCCUCCGUAGCCCUCUUGGACACAGAGAUCUUGCUGGAAAACCAGGAGUCUGUGCACCUGGGCCCGUAUCACACUUUCUGUGACACGCCGCUCACCAUCAAAUUGCCCACGGAAGGGAAAGUCUUGGGAGUGAAAGUGUACACCUUGGAUGAGCGGAUGGAGAUUGAUGCAGCGCUGCUGACCUCGCUGCCCGGCAGUGCCCUGUGCUCUGGCUGUCAGCCUGUGAGGUACCGGGUUCUGCGAGACCCACCCUUUGCCAGCGGCUCGCCAGUGCUGAUGACACAUCCUUACAGGACAUUCACGGACAGGGAGGUCACGCCUGGGCAGAUGUAUGAGUACCAAGUCCAAGCUGAAGCUGGAGGAGAACUGGGAGAAGCUUCACCUCCCCUAAACCACAUCCAUGGAGAUCCCUACUGUGGAGAUGGGAAGGUCACAGGAAGCCUGGGAGAAGAGUGUGAUGGCGGAGACCUGUUGAACGGAGACGGAUGCUCAAGGGCAUGUAAACUAGAGGAAGGCUUCAACUGUGUAGGGGAGCCAAGCCUCUGCUACAGGUAUGAAGGAGAUGGAAUCUGUGAGCCCUUUGAGAAGGAAACCAGCAUUGUAGACUGUGGCUUCCACACGCCUGAAGGGUAUUUGGAUCAGUGGGCCACCCAGGCUUACUCAUCUCAUGAAGACAAGAACCCUGUUGCCCUGGUAACAGGAGAGCCUCAUUCCAUGAUUUGCACAUCAUACCAUCCAGAUUUACCCAAGCACCUGCCCCUAACUGGCUGGUUUCCCCAUGUUACCAGUGGGAAAAGACCGCAUGAUAAAGAGACUGAGCAGAUGGAGGCUAGCCUGGAAAAAGAAGAUGAGAUAUGGCUUGAAGUGUGUUUCAAUAGGCCAGGACUUGCCACAGCAGUUUUUAUUUUCUUGGCAUCUGAUGGCCUGGCCCCUGGGGAGCAUCAGCGACCAACUGUGACCCUUUACCUGAUUGAUGUCAAUGGAGGAAACCACUCUCUUGGAACCCAUGAACUGUCGUGCGAGCACAAUCCACUGGUUAUUAAUGUGACCCAUCAUGCAAAUACCCUCUUCAACCAAACCACCUCCAUGUUGCUAAAUUUCUCAUCCCCAUUGGUGGGCAUCUCAGCAGUGGCUCUGAGGACAGUAGAGGGUGUCAGUCCUUCAGCUCCCAUUGACUGCAUUUCAGAGCAAGAUCAUCUGGAACAGAGCUGUGCCCAUCGGCUUUGUGGGGACCAGCGCAGCUGUGCACCCAUGCUGUUUGAGAACACAGAAAAGGUGAACUGUUCUUCUAGCAGCCCUGGUCACCUGGAGUGUGCUAUUACCUGUCAAAAGGGGUUUGUCCUACAGACCAGCAGGGGGCAGCAGCUCAGGCCUAUGCAGAAGGAGAUUGUGCUCACCUGUUUCUCCGGGCACUGGGACCAGAAUGUGAGCUGUGUUCCCCUGGACUGUGGCAUCCCUGACUCAUCCUUGGUGAACUUUGCAAACUUCUCCUGCUCCGAAGGCACUGAAUUUCUGAAACGCUGUUCCAUCUCCUGUAUCCCACCAGCCAAGCUCCGAGGACUGAAUCCAUGGCUGACCUGUCUUGAAGAUGGGCUCUGGUCUCUCCCUGAAGUCUACUGCAAAUUGGAAUGCGAUGCUCCUCCCUUGAUACCAAAUGCCAACUUGCUUCUGCCUCGCUGUCUCAGGGACAACCAGGAUGUGGGUACCAUCUGCAAAUAUGAAUGCAAACCUGGCUACUACGUGUUGGAAAGUGCAGAGAGUCAAGUCAAGAAUAAGUUCCUGAAUAUACAGUGCCUGGAAAGUGGAAUCUGGAAUCAAGGAAGUUGCAUCCCUGUGGUGUGUGAGCCUCUAUCACCUGUUUUCGAAGGCAUGUAUGAAUGUACCAAUGGCUUCAAUCUGGACAGCCAGUGUGUACUCAACUGCACCCAGGAAAGCGAAAGGAUUCCUAUCCUCUGCAAUAAGGAUGGAAAAUGGACUCAGGAGUUCAAGUUGUGUGCAAAUCUGCAAGGGGAGUGCCCACCACCACCCUCAGAGCUGAAUUUUGUGGAGUACAAAUGCGAAGAAGGAUAUGGGAUUGGUGCAGUGUGUUUCCCAUCCUGUGUAAUGCCUGCUAGAGAUCCCGUGACCCUGCCCCAGAAUGUCACUGUUGACACGAUGGAGCACUGGGUGGAAGCGGCCACAGUUGGGAGCAUCGUGUGCACUGGUCGACGUCAAUGGUACCCAGACCCCUCCCUGGUCCACUGCAUCCAGUCAUGUGAGCCUUUUCAAGCAGAUGGUUGGUGUGACACUAUCAACAACCGUGCCUACUGCCACUAUGAUGGAGGUGACUGCUGCUCUUCCACACUCUCCUCCAAGAAGGUCAUUCCAUUUGCUGCUAACUGUGACCAGGAUGAAUGCACCUGCCGAGACCCCAACGCGGAAGAAAAUCAGUAAUUGUGGGAUCAAGCUCCUCCUUCCUCUACCCUGGAGGCAGCCAGAGAGAGUAAACAAAGGGCAAUGAGGAAGAGAGGCCAUGUAGUGGAGGCAGAUUAUAAGAUGGCUGGUUUAGAAACAGAGGAGGAUGCUGAUAGGUGCCAACUAAUAUAUUGAGUAGCCUGAGUAGUGAAGAAUUAUAAACUAAACUUUCUUUGAAUGUCAGUUGGCUAAAAAUGGAAGGAGAAAUAUAAUAAACAGCACCCUCCUCCCCCAUCUCUAUUCUACCCAACCUUAUCCUCAACUUUUGCCCUAUUCCCCAAUUUGCACCCUGUCAACUGCUCAGCCCCACCCAAUGUGUAGAUCCAUAUCAAAACAUCAGAGGAGAAGUUGCCAGGACACUCUGUUAAUACUGGUAUCACACUGAUUAACAUCUUUUAGGGUCUGUCUACUCUAAACUGGCCCUUGCCCUUUCUUUUGUGUAAUCUCUUAAAUCAUAAGGUUAGUUAUUAAUUCUUUAUGAGUAUUUAAACAUAAUUCUAUAAAUAUAUUAUAAUAUUAUAUUUUUUGCUGUUUACUAAGCUAAAAAAUUUAUCCAUUGUUCCACAUAUGCUGCUGAGAAGUUCAUGUCCAAAAUUAAUGCUGAGGCUUUGAGGACAGAAACACCAGUUUUUCUGCCAUCUUUUUAUGGAGAGAGACUAGCAGGUUGAGUGGGAAGUGGGAAAAGAGAGGAGAAUAAAUGGAAUUCACAAUGCUAGCAUGUCAGCUGAUCAUCUUCUCAUAACCGGGAAGCCAAGCCCACUUAACAGGAUACGCAGGUUGGAAAAAUAAUUUAGAGAGACAUGGACAAUGAGGUGUGAUGGAGCAGGAGAUCUAGACAAUGAUUUAUAAGUAUCUAUCACAUAAACUUCAUAUGAAGUUUGCUCCAUUUCUCAGAAUGUGCAGCUGGCGUUGGUAAGACAGGACUGUCUCUACUUCUAUAUGGACCUCUUCAAAGUGUGGGUGGCAGGUAGUCAGCCAGUCAAAAAGUUGUUAUUAGGGCUCAUUCCCUAAAUGCCAGGAUGAUAGGAACUUAAACACUCUUCAUAUCUAGUGGAUGGUCUCCUUCCUUGUUAGAAGUCCAAACCCUGUCCAUCACUCACAGCCCUAUCACCAACUGUUGAUUUUCUGAGAUAAAAUACUUUGGAAAUGAGAUGAGAUUAAGGUGGGAAGACAGGAAGGAAGGGGUCAAAUAAGAUCAAAGAAAGAGAGAUGAGAGGUCAGGCUGAAAUCAAGUUUGAGUUUAAGGGGAUGAAGCAAGACAAAGAGACUCGGCCAUUGUUCCAAGUCUCCAAAGAGGCCCAAAGUGGCUUCUUUGAGCAAUGCAGCAGCUGACAUAAAUUGUAUUGAAACACAACCUAUAUCAUCACAUCUGGGCAAACCUAUAGCAUCAAGUUGGGCAAAUUAUGGAAACACAUGGAACAAGGGUGACACUCUGUGGGGAGAAAGAAGAAUUUCAACCAUUUAGGAUCCAUUUUGUUGUCUUUCCUCUUGUUCAGAUGAAUUACACAGGACAUGGCCGUUUUAACCUUGCUUCUGUUCAUAUGCAUCCCAUCUUCAUUAAUUUUUUGGCAUGUGGUCAAUUUAAGUUUUUUUUCCCUUGAAAUAGUUUCUGAGUUAGAGAUAGUAAGGAACAAUUUCUGUUCAACAUCCUGUCUUAUCAUCAUCAUAAAAAAGGACAUGAGUCAUGUGUCUCCCAGUUUCUUCUCUAAUAGAGACCAAGAACCAAACUUAGAGCUCAACUUCAGCUUUUCCACAUCAUCUGCUCUUUGUGCUGACCAGCUAUUUGCCUCUUCCCAUCAACACUGAAACAAUGGCUUUUCAAAAAGGAAAUAUUAUGUGCCACAAUAACCUAUGACCCCCCAAUAUCAUAUAUGAAGAAAAAUAUUGUAGAAUGAAAAAUCAAAAAUAUAGACAUAUAUAUCCAUUCAUCUGUAGGCAUGUGGUAUGAGAGCAACAGUUAUUAGGUAAAGAACAGAGUUUGUCCAUCUGAAAUUCCCUUAUUGUCUGUGGCUAACCAUAAAGGAAACUAUCGCCUAAGUAUAAUUCACUUCAUAAGCUCUGCUUAUGUAGCCCUGGGAAGGCAAUUAACAUUUAUUUCUGGGAUACUGAUAGGCUUUAAUAUGGAAAAGAACAUGGAAAGCUUUAGAUUUUCUAUUUAAAAAACAAAACACAAAGCACAUUGUAAACUUGUUUUCCUGGGGGUAGAGGAGGGGACAUCCAAAUUCCUGGAUGUGUGUCAAGCUCUGUCUUAGAACAUCCAUCCAGAGACUUGGGCAGAGUUGUACUUAUGGUGGAUGUGAUCCAGCACAGCAAGGAUACAGCCUUCACGAGAACUAUGGAGCCCAUGAUGUCCACCAGUAUGUGUCUAUGCUCAGUCCCUUCCCAAGAGUAAUAGUGGACCCCUGUGUUUCUUUCUUCAUUUAAAAAAUAGUUGCUACUCUGUUGGCAACAUGUACAACUCAAAACUGUGCAGUAUUUGAAAAUCCCCUAGGUUGAGGGCUGCCCAUGUGUCUUUCAGUCCUUGUCCCUGGGCCCUAGGGUUCUGAACGAUUCUGGUCACUGUUAAAAUAAAAGGACCAAUAAGCCAUGUUAUAGAGCCCAAGAUAACAACUCACAUUUGCUUCAGAGGGUUGUCUGCAUUCUGCUACUCUUACCUACCCAUAGAGCCAUUGAGAACCUGUCCCAGAGGGUCUUUAUUUGUUGUUGUUUCAGGGUCACUGCUCUGUUUCUUCUGUUUCCUAGUAAUUAGAAGCUCUGGUACAAAGGUUGCCCAGGGAGAGCUGACUAAGCAGGUAGCCUCCAAUCAGAAGCACAAGUGAGAAGUCAGAGUGACAUGAAUGGACAGAUCCUGGAAAAAAAUAAGUGAAUAAAGGAAGUAAAGAGCUCUGCUUGAUUCUCUACUUCCCUUUCCUCCAUGGUACAGCAUUGGACUUGGCACUUCAUCUAUUCUGCGUGAUCACUAUUGAGUGUGUCAGUUAGCAUCCAACAGGAUAGCCUGAUUUAAAAAAAACAUAGUGAAAGGAGCUGAUCUACUGUAUUGUAACGUAAGAUAGCUACAACCAGUUAUUUUGUAAGAUUAUAAAAUGUUCAUU